UGCAGAUUAUUCUUCCUCUGCGUGUUGUCUUUAGCUUAAUUUUGAGCACUUUUUGUGUUUAUUUUUAAAGUAAAGCAAGAAAUGUCCUGAAAAGAAGUGGCAGCUGACACAGAUCAGGCCGGAAGUUGUAGCAGCGCUGCUCUGUGUGUGAGAGUGGGACUGUGAUAGAGUUCUAGAGAGUACCUGCUCACAGUCUACAUCAUGUUUGUGUUGGUGGAGAUGGUCGACACGGUCAGGAUCCCUCCGUGGAACUUUCAGAGACAGCUGAACGACGCCAUAGCAGAGGAGCUCAACAAGAAGCUGGCCAACAAGGUGGUCUACAAUGUCGGCCUCUGCAUCUGCUUGUAUGACAUCACCAAACUGGAGGACUCCUAUAUUUUCCCAGGAGAUGGAGCCUCACACACCAAAGUUCAUUUCAGGUAUGUUGUUUUCCACCCUUUCCUCGAUGAGAUCCUGGUCGGCAAGAUCAAGUACUGCAGUCAGGAGGGAGUUCAUGUGACGAUGGGCUUCUUUGAUGACGUUCUCAUUCCACCAGAGUCUCUUCAACAACCUGCAAAAUUUGAUGAAGCAGAGCAAGUUUGGCUUUGGGAGUAUGAGACGGACGAGGGGGCCCACGACCUCUACAUGGACCAAGGAGAGGAGAUCCGUUUUCGGGUGACAGAUGAAGUCUUUGUGGACACGUCACCUACGGGCCCGGCCACGGCAACCACAGCAACAGCGCCACAACCGGGACAGUCUACGGCACCGCCAGCAGAGGUCAGCGGGGAGAAGAAGGAGGCGCCGUACACUCUGAUUGGGACCAUCUGUGACCCGGGGCUGGGGCUGCUGUCGUGGUGGAACAAUUAGCACCGCAGAGGAAGACAACGAUGUCUGGGUUUUUUAACCAACAGAUUGACCAUCAUGACUGAUCGGGGCGGUCAGCUGGAGACGCCGAGCCCUGUUGUUUCAGUACAGGACAGGGUCAAGAGACAUAUUGGAGCUGCCGUCUGAAACUAGAUCAGGCUGGUGUCAAAGUGACUCAUGACACAUCUGGACACUGAGAUGGACUUUAUUGUAAAUACUGACCUUUACAUACCAGCUUCAUGUUAACAUGGAACACUUACCGUUGAUUGAUGAACAUUCAGAUUCAGUUGAUACAUUUCACAUGAGAGUUUGACCCCAAAUAAAAAGGAAAGAAGAAUAAAUGAAGUCAUUAAUCAUUUGAAUCAUAUAAUCUAUUGAAUCAUAAUAGCAU